AUGGGGUUUUGGUUUUUUGCAGAUGGCUAUUUUUCCCACCGACCGAAAGAGAAAAUGCGAACAGACAGCAAUAAUGAAAAUUCAGUCCCCAAGGACUUUGAAAAUAUUGAUAACAGUAACUUUGCUCCCAGGACUCAGAGGCAAAACCACCAGUCUGAGCUGGUGAAAAAACCCCUUAGCAAGCAAAAGGAGCACUUGAGAAAGAAACUGGAAGAGGAGAAGAUGAAGGAGAACUUGCUGCUGGGGAAGAACUCCAAUGAGGUGGUGCAAUUCAGUGAUCACCCUGGAAAAAACAGCAGCAGCAGCAGCAACAACAACAAUUUGAAGGAGAUUCACAGGUCUCCCAGACAGCCUCAUUUAAAAAAACCUGGAGACAGCUCCCCUGAACUGAGAUAUGACCAACCACCAAAGUGUGAGGUAACGGGCAAAGAGGCAAUCUCAGCCAUGUCCCGGUCUAAAUCUAAGCAGUGUCGGCAGGAGAUCGCAGACGUGUAUUGUCAGCACAAGCAUGGAAAGCUGAUGCCGGAGAAGGUGACGCGUUUCUGUACGCUGGAGGGAAAAGCCAACAACAAUGUACAGUGGGAUGAGGACUCCGUAGAAUACAUGCCAGCCAACCCAGUCAGGAUCGCAUUUGUCUUGGUUGUUCAUGGCAGAGCUUCUCGACAGCUCCAACGCAUGUUUAAGGCUAUUUACCAUAAAGACCAUUUUUAUUACAUUCAUGUUGACAAGAGAUCCAAUUACUUGCACCGGCAAGUGCUCCAGUUUGCCAACCAGUACCCAAAUGUGAGAGUCACUUCUUGGAGAAUGGCAACUAUUUGGGGAGGAGCAAGUCUUCUGUCCACCUACCUGCAGACCAUGAGGGACUUAAUGGAGAUGAAUGACUGGCCAUGGGAUUUCUUCAUUAACCUCAGUGCUGCCGACUACCCAAUCAGGACAAAUGAGCAGUUAGUAGCAUUCCUGUCCAGAUACCGUGACAUGAACUUCUUGAAAUCACACGGGAGGGACAAUGCAAGAUUUAUCAGAAAACAAGGACUGGAUCGCCUUUUCCUGGAGUGCGAUACCCACAUGUGGCGCCUGGGGGACAGGAAGAUCCCUGAAGGAAUCGCGGUCGAUGGAGGGUCAGACUGGUUUCUCCUUAACAGGAAGUUUGUGGAGUAUGUCACUUUUUCUAAUGACGAUCUGGUAACAAAGAUGAAGAGGUUUUACUCUUACACCUUGCUGCCUGCUGAGUCCUUCUUUCACACUGUUCUGGAAAAUAGCCCGUACUGUGAGUCCAUGGUGGAUAACAAUUUGCGCAUCACGAACUGGAACCGUAAACUGGGUUGCAAGUGUCAGUACAAGCACAUUGUUGACUGGUGUGGCUGUUCACCUAAUGACUUCAAACCAGCAGACUUCCACCGGUUCCAGCAGACUGCCAGGCCAACUUUCUUUGCCCGCAAAUUUGAAGCUGUAGUGAAUCAAGAGAUAAUUGGCCAGCUGGACUACUACUUGUAUGGCAACUACCCCUCCGGCACACCCGGCCUCCGGUCGUACUGGGAGAACGUGUAUGAUGAGCCCGAUGGCAUGCACACCCUCAGCGACGUGGCCCUCACCAUGUACCACGCGUUCUCCCGCCUGGGCCUGCGGAGAGCCGAGACCUCGUUCCACACUGCUGGAGACAACAGCUGCCGAUACUACCCCAUGGGCCAUCCAGUUUCCGUCCACCUUUACUUCCUUGCUGACCGUUUCCAGGGCUUCCUGAUCAGACACCAUGCAACCAAUCUGGCUGUCAGUAAACUAGAAACUUUGGAAACGUGGGUGAUGCCUAAGAAAGUCUUUAAAAUCGCAAGUCCACCAAGCGAUUUUGGAAGGUUGCAGUUCUCAGAGAUUGGAACUGAAUGGGACGCCAAGGAAAGGAUUUUCCGGAAUUUCGGAGGACUCCUCGGGCCGACUGAUGAGCCGAUUGGCAUGCAGAAAUGGGCAAAAGGCCCCAACGUCACUGUUACUGUCAUCUGGGUGGAUCCUGUUAAUGUAAUUGCAGCAACGUAUGACAUUCUGAUUGAAUCCAGUGCUGAAUUCACUCACUACAAACCACCUUUGAAUUUACCCCUGCGGCCCGGUGUCUGGACGAUAAAAAUUCUGCACCACUGGGUACAGGUAGCUGAAACCAAAUUCCUCGUUACUCCUCUCACCUUCUCUAAUCGACAGCCUAUCAAACAAGAGGAAGCUAUGAAGUAUCACAGCGGGCCUCCAAAGAAUGCGUACAUGGAGCAGAGCUUCCAGGGCUUGAAUCCCGUUCUGAACCUCCCCAUCAGUGCCGCCCGCGUGGACCAGGCCAAGAGGAACGCGGGGCUCGUCGGCACCCGGCUGGAAGCCUGGGGGGACUCUCGGUGGGACCCCGUGGACAUCUGCAGCACCGGCCCCACCUCCUGCCCCGUCAUGCAGGGCUGUGCUCAGACAGCCUGGAGCUCCCUGAGCCCGGACCCCAAAUCCGAGCUGGGCCCCGUCAAACCCGACGGUCGCUUGAGGUAG